AUGAAAACGCUAACCAAAAAUUAUACUCCGCAAGAUGUUAAAUUAGCUUACCGAGUAGUUACCGAAGACCUCUUUAACUCUUUACUAGGAGAUAAAAAUGAUACCACUAUUAAACUAGGCACUUUAGAGAAUACCAACCCGAAAAAUAAUCAGUCGACUGAUCGUUCUCCAACCCCCCCAGUUACUGAAACUAAACCCAAUAACUUAAUCACCACGAUUGGGCAACUCUUACCCUUCGCCCCCUUAGUCUUUGAACAAUUUACCGGCCAAAAGGUUCCGCCAAUGACUGGCACCAUGGCUGACAUUA